AAAAGCUUAUGUUUUCUUUUCCAGUUUGUGUUAAGUGGUGAAGUCUUGGGUCUCUUACUGGGUGACUACGGCCCGUGUUCUGGAAGACUCCAACCUUAAAUAUGAUUAUUGGUGCUUUCUUAUUCUCUAAAUUGGGUCAGGAUUUCAUGAUUUGUGCCGGUUAUAGUUUAUCUACUUAAUAAUUUCCUAAACUGUGAAAAAAUUGCUGGCAGAGUUGUGAAUCCACUGUAAACCACGGAAGUCCUGUAGCAACUUUUUCAUUCUAGUAAGCAAGAGCACAGCUAUUUCCAAAUUAGUAAAAACUGAAAGGGUUACAUUUUGCUUUAAGGGAACAUUUCAAAAUCCAUUUCGACUUACCUUUGUGUCCUUUGAUCUUCACACAGCAGGUAUCAUCUGCAUUUUAUGGAUGAGGAAGAAACUGAUGCUCAAAGAGAUGCAGUUUCUCCCAGGCCACUCUCUGACACUCAUGAGGACCAUGAUACUUCCACUGAGAAUGCAGAUGAGUCCAACCAUGAUCCUCAGUUUGAGCCAAUAGUUUCUCUUCCUGAGCAAGAAAUUAAAACGCUGGAAGAAGAUGAAGAGGAACUUUUUAAAAUGCGGGCGAAACUGUUCCGGUUUGCCUCAGAGAACGACCUCCCAGAAUGGAAGGAGCGGGGCACCGGCGAUGUCAAGCUUCUGAAGCACAAGGAGAAGGGGACCAUCCGCCUCCUCAUGCGGCGGGACAAGACCCUGAAGAUCUGUGCCAACCACUAUAUCACGCCGAUGAUGGAGCUGAAGCCCAAUGCGGGUAGCGACCGUGCCUGGGUCUGGAACACCCAUGCUGACUUCGCCGAUGAGUGCCCCAAGCCAGAGUUGCUGGCCAUCCGCUUCCUGAAUGCUGAGAAUGCACAGAAAUUCAAAACAAAGUUUGAAGAAUGCAGGAAAGAGAUCGAAGAGAGAGAAAAGAAAGCAGGAUCAGGCAAAAAUGAUCAUGCUGAAAAAGUGGCGGAAAAGCUAGAAACUCUCUCGGUGAAGGAGGAGACCAAGGAGGAUGCGGAGGAGAAGCAAUAAACCGUCUUAUUUUAUUUCCUUUCCUCUUUCCUUUCCUUUUUUUUAAGAAAAAUUUUACCCUGCCCCUCUUUUUCGGUUUGUUUUUAUUCUGUUUCGUUUUUACAAGGGACGUUAUAUAAAGAACUGAAUUCAACAUUCAGCUUGUUUUUUUUCUAAGUUUUUGCCCUAUUGAAGAUGACUUCAGAAAAUCCAUUCCCCAGUCAUGAAAAUGUACUGUGCUAACUUUCUUUUCCAUAGUGGAAACACUUAUUUAUAGUCAUCAAAAAUAGUGAAUAAAAAACACGUUUGGAACCUGGA